AUGGCCAGAGGGAGACAACCGGGUAACAGCCCGACCUCUCUUUGUCCAGCUGAAGGUCGGGGACCGCCUGAGGCGAGCAACGCCCCUUACACCUGCGUCCAGACCCUUGCUACACCUCCAAGGCCAACGGGAGGAAGUUACGCCACCGGAAGGAACCAAGUCUGGCGAGGGGCAGAGAACGACACUUCUCCAAGUAGCGAGCUGUAUUUGAGUCUCUUCGAGCUGGAUCCAAACAAGAAUUAUACGAUUGGAAAAUUCCUCCAGUCGUGGCGAUACUUCUUUGAACACGAAGCGGAAAUACGCGAAGCGCUGAAGUUCAAGGACUCUGUAGUGUCCCAGGCUCAGAAGGUGGUUGACAGCCUCCGACAGAAAUACAACCGCACGCUGACAGGCAUCCACGUACGGAGGGGAGACUACCUGACAAAGCGUCAUGGGUAUAAGGUAGCUCCUUUAGAAUAUCUUUUGCACGCCAUGGAUUACGUCCGAAAACGGUUCGGUGAUGUCACUUUUGUUGUCUCCUCGAAUGACGUCACAUGGUGCCAGGAACAGUUUGCAAACACAAGUGACGUCACUGUGCUGUCGGCCAAUUCAACGCCUGCUGUUGACAUGAUGACUCUGGCGUCACUGGAUCACAUGAUCAUGACAGUGGGCACGUACGGGUGGUGGGCUAGUUUUCUGAACCCUGGGGUCACCGUCUACUACCGAGACUUUGUACAUCCGGGUACACCUCUAUCAAAGCAGUUCAGCCCAAGCGGAACGGACCACUACUGUCCAGUGUGGAUUUCUUUGUCGUGAAUGACAUCGUCAUCGUCAUCAGUAGUAUUGACAACGGGUGUGUUUACUUGAAUGUGUUGUGUGGUGGUGAGAGAGUGACAGAGUAGCGUCAGGUGUGUGGAACUGUCGCCGGUGCUGAUGUUGGUAAGUUUUAGAUAAAUGAGCGGCCAGGGUACGAGCUACUAGAGUGCUAUAAAUAGACUUCUGCACGUGUGAGCGCUCAUUAGUGUGUAUAUGAACGCUCAUUGUAUAUAUGUGAGCGCGCUGAAGGCACACGUGUCUGUCACUGUAGAGGGUUUAUCAUCAUGAUUGUCAUCAGCUCCCCUGUGGUUGUUGAAAGUGCUGAUCAGACAAGUCACUCUCUCACCCUAUGCUAUGAACAGAGGACUUACAAAUGUAUACAGGUGAUACAAACAUGUAUUUCUCUGAUAGAAAUCAUCAAGAAAAUUACAUCAAGGAACGGAUACAAUGAUGCUCGUGCUUUCAUUUGUCUUCCUUUAUAUCUCAUUGCUUCCCCUGAUCACUUUAUUAAAUUAAUAG